UCGAAGGCAACUUCAUCGGUAUCAGGCUCUAAGGUACCUACUAUUCCGCCUUUGUACGGUAUUGGUUCCGUCCUUCCGAUACAAGCUGUGGCCUCAUCUGAAACGAUAAUUUGCAUACAGGAUUCUCCGCCGCCAUUGGUGGAUAUUCCCGCCGAUGACGAAAAAGCCAAAGGCAAGGUGACCGAGCAAAGGGCAGCCGGUCAUGAGGGUUAUGAAAUACCCGCUCCGGGUAUGUCGGGUUUUGAGCAUUUGUCCAUCCCCGUGGCCGAUCGUUUCGGGGUUAAUUCCGGCCCUAGGUUGGAGAAGCUGUUUCCUGCCCCUAGUUCCGACCCGAAUCGGAAGAGGCUAAUAACCUUCAAGGUGCCGCCGACAUGAACAUGCUGUCGGGGCCGGUCGGGGUGGCCAGCUAUUUAUACCCUCUGGUGUCCCAGGAAGACCGUCGAAAAAUGGAUGAAGUCAGCGAAUCAUGCCUUUUUAACGAGGCCCAGCAGGCAUUGAACCGGGCCUCCGUGCUUCAUCAUGCCUGCUUUCACCGGCUUAGGCAUGAAGUGGGCCGGCUCAAGGAGGAGCUUAAAAGCAAAAGUCAGGAGGUGGACGAGCUCAUGGAUCUGUACGAGCAGAAAUUGCAAUACAUCUCGUCUCUCCCUGACCUUUCUAUCCUGAAGUCGGACUUAACAGUGGCUCGAAACGAAGCUGCCGAGGCUAAGCGGGAGCGCGAUCAACAGGCAGAGAAGCUAAGGGCUUUCGAAGUUUUCAAUAAAUCUUUAACGGCCGAUGCUAACGCCCUUCCUUCUCAGGCCCGGGCUUAUGUUAGCCAGAUCGAUCAACUUCGGGCAGAGCUGGAUGGGAUCAAGCCCGAGUUUAAUGUCCUCCACGAAACGACCAUCGGUGCUGUGGCCGAACGUGAUGUUCUCCAGGAGCAGCUUCGGGCGUCGGUGGAACAAAUGAAUGGCCUUAGCUCAUCACUUGCUGCGGCCGAAGCUGAACGGGAUCGAUUGAACCAGGUCAUCACCGAUCUGCAAGCUGAGCAUGGAAAGGCUCUUGACCAGAUCUCGGGUUAUGACGAUAUGUUAGAGCAGUACAAGGCCGAUGUGACUGCUGCCGAAAAGGCCAGUAAUCUUCGAGCUGAGUACGAGCGGUGCUUAUCCCGAAGGAAAACCCUCGAAGAAGUUCAAGCCACUGGUGUGGACUUAUCAGAUCUGAUCGAGGAAGCCAAGAAGCUUGAAGCGGAAGCAAAGGCUGCGUUCGACCCUGAGGAUUCGGAUAUCGACCUCGAGUCAGCCGAUGAAGAGGCCGAGGGGUCGGAUGAAGAUUAGGUUCGGGGCCUUGUGUCCCUUCUUUUGUUUUUACACCUUUGUUUUGAGGCCACUAUUCCGAGCCUUUGUAAAUCUACUUUAUGUAUGUAUGAAUCAAAAUUUGUAUUUGAUAUUUGCAAAGUACUCCUCGGUUCAAUGUUUGUUCGGUUUAUGCCAUCAUUAUAAUUUGCCAUAUUGUUUCGGCCAGGAUAAAAUUCAAAUGGUAACGGCUCGUGAUUGGGUUUUAGUCCGUGUUGACGUUAGUCGUUGCUUUAUUCAUAAUUUGCAAGACAGACCCGAUCACGACAUUUUUGCGUUUUUAGACCGUGGUCUUUAACCGUUUUAGGUCGCAGCUUUCGAGCUUGCAUAUGUUUUUUAGACCGUAGUCUUUAACUGUUUACGCCAUAGUUUAGACCGUAGUCUUUAACUGUUAUGCCAUAGUUUUUCGGUAUUUGGCAACAUUGGAUCCUUUUGAUCGAAGUAAGUUUUUUAUUGAAAAAAUUGGCCAGAGAUGCAUUCGCAAUUGUUGCCGCGGCAAGAACAAACUAAGUGGACACGAUUCAAUCGAUCGUUUGGUCCUUACAUCUGAUCCUAUCGUUCAGGCCUUGGCUUUUACAUAGUUAUCACUUAACUCAUGGUAUAAUAGUCCCCUAGUAUUCGAGUCCGAAGUAUGA